AUGCAGGUGGAGAGUAACGAUUGUCAGCAGCACUCUGAAGUAGUCAUUCGAAAAGUAGCCAACUGUACAAAAUGCCUCUUCGAAAAAAUUGGGGAGAAAAGAUAUCCACUGAAGACGUUGAACAACAAACACCCUCAGAAUAUAUCAAUAUUUCCGGGAAUAUGCCCGAAUUGUUUUUCAGCGAUUAUGAUUACAUGUCAAAUAUAUCAGAAUGGCGGAUGGACCACUCUGAAGGAAUGGAUGCAGGAGACGCCACCAACACCACAUUACCCCGACAACGAAGACUACAAGGGCGGUGGAAAAAAUGUCGCCAACACCAGCGACAACGACAAAAAAACCAACAACGGCAAUCAGGAAAUAUGA